AUGAUACACGAAAAUAAUGAGAAUAAGAAGGAAAUGAUGAGAAUUAAUCACAUUAAUCCAUGGGAUAUCUUACCUUCUAUAUUUCAAAUUCAAAUACCUUUGAAUCAUGCAUUUUUAUAUGAAUCAAAUAAUAUUUCAAAUGUAUUGAAUUCUCAUUAUUAUUCUUUUUUGAAUGAUUUGAUGGAAUCAUUAGAGAAAAAAGUAGAGAAAAAAAUUGUUGUUGGACCAUUAGAAAUAUGGAAUAUUUUAGCUAAAUGGUUAAAUUUACCAAAAGAUCUGGUAGAAUUUUUUGAUUCGGAGUUAGAAAGUUCAGUAAAAUAUCAAGAAUAUUCUUAUAAAAAUCCCAAACCAAUUCCAUCAUUUAUUUCAACAAGUGUAGAGUGGGAACAAAGUUUAAUAGAAUCACAUCCAUUUCAUCCGUUACAUAAAUCAAGAAAGGCAGUUCCACCACUACCAGAUAUUGAACCUGGUACUUAUGACUUUGAAAAUCCAUUAAUUCGGUUUGUUUCAGUGACACGAGAUAAAGUAAAUAUUCGUGGUUCAUUUGAAAAAAAUAUACUUGAUAUUAUAAAUAUAAUGUCAUUAAAACCGAAUAUAUUUACUGAUGACAAUAGAAUUCUUAUACCAAUUCAUGAAUUACAAUUACCAAUGAUUAAAGAGAAAUUUUCUUAUGUAGAAAUUUUACCCGAAAAAUAUUCAAUUAAAGCAAAAAGUUACGCAAAUUUAAGAACUAUAAUAUUUCCAAAUCUUCCUGAUCGAUCAUUUAAACUUCCUUUAGCCAUGAGAUUAACAUCUGCAAUUCGAACAAUUUCACCUUGGUCGGCUUAUAUUGGUACAGAAUUAUUACCAAUAUUUGAAAGACUUGUGGUUAACAGGAAUAUUUUAAGAAUUACCUAUGAAAAAUCUUUUGUGAUUUCUGCAGAACAAGAUUUUGAUGUAGCGAAACAUUUGGCUUGUAUUAUAAGAGAAGAUGGUGUUGAUGAUCGAGAUGAAUCAGAAAAAGUAAUAUUGAGUGCAGGUUUAGUAGAACGAGAUGAAAAUGGAUCAACAUUUUUGCCACCAGUUAUAUACAAUGGAUUCACAUUUGAACCACAUUUACAAAAUACACGUGUGAGAUUUAAUUCUAAAGAUAGAUUACCAAUUGGAUUUAUAAUUAGAGAUAAUGGAGGCAUUAGAUUUCAUCAAGAGACUUUAUUCGACACUAUAGGAAUGCGUGUUGAAACAAUUCCUGGAAAUUCUUAUGAGUCCAAAGAUUUAUAUGAUGUUUAUGAUAAACUUUAUCACUCAUUAAUAUACAAUCACGUACGUCUUAUAGUAUGUUCGAUACAUUUACAUCAUUCAGGAAUUGGUUGGGAAAUUGUUCGAAAGCAUUUAUCGAAUAUUAUUCCUGCUGAUCAUUUAUUAAGAAAGUUAUGGUUGGAGAAAGAAACUUCGGAAGGAAAAUGUUUUUUGAGGAUGAAAUUUGAAGGAAAAUUUAGAGAUUCUGAAGAAGAAGGUAUUACUAUGGAAUGUUCACCAAAAAUAAAUUAA